UGAAUGUUGGAUUGAUGACCUUAUUCUACGCGAAAUUUCGGAUUGUAACUGUACCACAUGGAGUUUGCAAAUAGUAAAACGUGCUAUGAAUUAAAGGACCAUGGAGUAAUACAUCGUCCAGCAUCAGAAGGCCCUUGGAAUGCAGAAAUAUUCAAAAAAGAUUUUCGCGUGGACAUAAUCACUGAAGGUGAAGACCUUGACGUCAUGGAAUUUGAUAUGGUUAACGUGGACUGUUCGUUUGCCAAUGCAGUUCGUCGAAUACUAGUUUCUGAAGUUCCAUCUCUUGCGAUAGAAAGGGUUUACCUAAAUCAAAAUACAAGCAUAAUGCCCGACGAAGUGAUGUGUCAUCGAUUUGGUCUAAUUCCACUUGCCGUUGAUCCUAAAUACUUUAUGUUCCCUAGCAAGAAACCGCCUAGUUCGGAUGAAAUUGGUGGAUUCGAUCCCAAAGAACAUCUUGUUUAUGACAUACAUGUAGCGUUCACGACACCCAUAAAGGAUCCCCACGGCAAAAAGACUAAGGAAAACACUCAGGAGGGUUCUUUGCCUGUUCCUCAGUAUUUAUCUGUAUACAGUUCAGAUCUUAAGUGGAUACCGUUACCUGGCCAAGAAGAACAUUUUAGUGAAAACAAUGCCCCCCUACCAGUUUCCUCAACCAUACUUAUCAAUAAAAUAGCUCUUGGUGAUGAAAUUGAAGCUCGUUGUGUUGCUGUAAAAGGCAUUGGUCGAGAUCAUGCAAAGUUCUCUCCAGUCGCAGCAGCCUACUAUAAGUUACACCCAAUUAUUAAACUACUCCAACCAAUUGAAGGGGAACUAGCAGUCAAACUACAAAAGAGUUUUGCCCCUGGUGUCAUCGGAAUAAAUCCAACUACAGGUCAAGCAUUUGUUGCAAACGCCCGUUUAGAUAAUGGUUCUCGUGAACAUAUGCGUCAUUCCGAGUUUCGUGAUGAUGUUGUUUUCGCUGGUAUGGAUUCAUCGCAUUGUAUUUUCACUGUUGAAACUAUAGCACCUGGUUGUCGUCCACCAGCUUCACUAGUCCGUUGUGCUUUCGAUGUCAUGAUUAGUAAAUGUUGCCAUUAUCUAGCUGUCAUUGAAACUCCUGGUUUCGGGGAUCAUAUUGAAGAAGAGUGUAAACCAUUCACUGGUAGUGGUGAUACAGCCUCUGAAUCUCAAACAACUGAAAAAUGUUUAACGAGUGCAAAGGGUAAUCGUAGUCAGUUGAAUGGACGUGAAGUAGGCCUUGAAGUGGCUCAUGUUUCACGAGAUAAAUUACGUGCCACCUUUAUUUUCCAUGGAGAAGAUCACACUCUUGGUUUAGCGUUAAGAUAUUGUGUCCUGAGAAAUCAAUUAGUGAACUUUUGUGGUUAUUGUGUACCUCAUCCCCUAGAGGAUAUGAUUAACUUUGAUAUCCAAAUGAAGAGAGGUUCAGCUAUCGAUGCCUUACGUGAUGGACUACAAUGUCUUCAUGAUUGUUUCAAGCAUAUAAAACAGACAUUUAAAUCAGCAUUGAAGUCAUCCAGAAGUACAAGAAAGUAAUUAGUGAGGAGAUUUUCGAUUCCCACCUUUACUCUUUCUUCCUGUUACUCCAUCUUUUUGCUUCAAUUUUGUUUAAGCACCAAGUAUUCUCUUCUCUCAAUUUUAUUAACAAUAAAAACAGAGUGUAAAGAAAAAUUUAUUCAUCAAAUGCAUUUUUUAAUGCUUCUAGUGAAAUUAACUGUACAAAGGAAGAUAAAUCAUCUAUUUUGAGGAUGAGUGUGCUUAAAAGACGAAUAUUCAAUAAAACGUUUGAUCAAUCAAUA